GUUUUGUUAUUUUCAUUACUCCCUCGCUCCUCGACUUGUUGCGCCGUUCUCGUUUAUCGUCUUACAGAUUCUCUGUGUUCAAAGUUUUCACGUGAUUGACAAUGAAGGGAGGUAGUAAGUUUGAACCGAGCUCGAGUAAGAUUGUUUUUGACGACAGUGAAGAUGAUGAAGAUGAGCAGUCGUUAUCGUCUAUGUCUUCUUCAGAUGAGGAAGAAGAAGAAGAAGAAGAGAAAGGGAAAGAGUUGACAUUGGAGGAGAUACAUAGACUGCGUGCUGAUGGGUCUCGUCCUCGUCCUGCUGUUCCCGUGAAGCCAUCGUUCUCUCAAGUGAAGAAGAACACUUGUCGUGCUGCAGACAAGAACAUUACGUUCUCUGAAGCCAAGAAACCUGCUCGUGCAAACAAAAACAGACCAAUGGAGUUAAGUUCUAAAAGACCAGUGAGUCGUUUUAGAGAGGUUAUUCAAGCUCCAAAGAAGGUGGUUCGUGAUCCUCGUUUUGACUCAUUGGCUGGAAGCGUUGAUCAUGAGGGGUUCAGGAAGAGAUACAGUUUCUUUUUCGAGGAGAAACUUCCUGUAGAAAGAGAGGAACUGAAAAAGAAGCUAAAGAAAACAAAGAAUCCAGAAGACGUCGAAGAACUCAAGGACCAGUUAACUUAUGUUGAGAAACUGUUGAAGUACGAUCCGUCAACAAACAGCAAAGGAAAGUCAAUACUAACAGAGCACAAAAAGAAAGAAAGAGAAGCUGCAAAGAUGGGCAAAAAGCCUUACUAUCUCAAACAAUCUGAGAUCCGAAAGCAAGAACUCAUCGAGAAGUACAACAGUCUCAAGGAAUCUGGGAAGCUUUCAUCGUUUCUUGACAAACGGAGGAAGAAGAACGCAACAAAGGAUCAUAGGUACAUGCCAUAUCGUCGAGCCGAUGCCUGAGAGCAAUAGAGAGAGGGACAGUAUUGCUUUCAGACUUAUUUUUUACGUUUGGUUCAUGAAGGGCUUUGUGAUGAGAAUUGAAAUCCAAAUGUAGCUUUACCUUUUUUUUUGUUUGCUUAAUUGAAAGCCAUAUCACGUACUGAUGCUCAAAUAUUGUGGGUAUUUUACGGGUAUUGAAAUUAUAGACUUGUCGGUU